AUGGCUUCCAAACGAGCAAAAGGAUUGAACAAUGCUCAAGGGAGCGCUAGAGGGGCUUCAGUGCUCCGUGGAAUGGUUCAGACAGUUUCCCAGGAGUGCAAGCCACGUCUUGGAUUCUCCGCCAGUGACAUCGAGGCAAAGGCUCCCACCGUGGAUGUUUUCUUCGAUGCGAUCGCCGCGGAACGCCUGAGGCGCAUGCCACCCGACGGAAGUCGACUCGAUGGUGCUCUGAGACGUGCCUCUAGACUCUCCUUCGCUGUAGCCUCUUUGCGCGAUGCGGUCGUUUCAUUCAUGGACGGGGCCAAUGACGCCUCCAAAUUAAUCUGGGGCAGCACCCUACUUCUGCUAGAGAAUGGCAUCGAGCAUGUGGAUGUCUUGGACAGUGUCUUUGGCCGGUAUGGAAGCGUGACAUUGCAGAUCUCCCUCCUGCUCCAACAGGAGGGUCACUUCAGAGAUUCCAAUGAAUUGCAAACGGAGGUGGCCAGGAUUUAUGCGAGCCUUUUGCAGUUGGUUCUGCAUGUUACCAUGGAGCACAGUGCCGCCUCACGGACCCAAGAUUGGGUGACCAUGGGUGAGAACGUGGAUGCUUCCUUCUUCCGAUUCCAUAACAGCUUCAACACCAACUGCCGGAAGAUGUCGGAACUGUCCUUGUCCAAAAGAACGAGUAUCGAUAUCGCUGCCGUCUAUCAGUUCCUUGAUCUACAAGACCGCCCAUUGCAGAUGAUUCUCGAGGGCCACAAUCAUUCCCUGGCGGAUGGCUCCUUUGGGUGGUUCGAUCCUCACCUCACCACUUUUACUCUUAGCAAUCGUGAGGCGAUGAUGGUCACUGGGGACCCAGGAGCCGGAAAAAGUGCGCUGGCGCAGUGGACAAUCGAGCGUCUCCAGGUCUCAUCUGAAUAUGACAGUUGGAAUGUUAUCCCAUAUUGGGUCCGGGAUGAUGUGCCCAUCACUACUUUGACUCUUACAGUUCUCAAAGGAUUGCUUCUGCAGAUGCUCGACAGAUGUGUCAGUUCCUGGAAAACCCAGGAGGCUAUUAUUGCGUCGUGCCAGGAGGCUGCGCAUAUGGCCUCCAGGGGUGGUACCGACUCGCAGGUGGAGGAUGUCCUCUGGUCAGCCAUUCACACAGCAUUGCAGUCCCACAUGCAUUUCAUGGUAGUCCUGGACGGGCUGGACCAGAUUCAAAACUCCAAUACUUCGAUGGCCAGGUUCCUCAGCCGCCUUCAAAGUGCCAUCUCAGGUACGCCGUCCAAACUUAUUAUCUUCUCCAGGAACCUUCCAGCCCAGCAACAGAUCGGUAGAACCACGCAGCAUCUCUCUAUGACACCUGCCUUGACCGAGAAUGAUAUGCUGGCCGCUGUUGCCGAAUCAAUCGGAUCGGACGGCGAGUUCUACGGCCUAGACGCUGAACAGAUUGAUUCACUGGCUGGAUCCAUCGUCACUCGUGCACGAGGGUCCUUUGUGUGGGCCCAACUCACGCUCGAGUACAUGAGGCGUGAAUCUACAUUCAAAGGAAUGUUGAAAGCAAUCCAGCAGGCGCCAACGGACGUUGGUGACCUGAUUGACAGCCACCUGAAUACUCUGGAUCUCUCGCGGCUCGACACUCGCUCUCUCCUCGCCUGGCUUGUAGCUGCCGAGCGUCCACUGCGUAUUCGGGAGGUCGAUGAGCUACUCAAGGUAGACCCGCAGACGCUCAAAUUUGGGUCUCGCCCAGCUGGGCCUGACAGAGCCAUAUAUAAACCUUUGGGUCGCCUUGUAAUGGUUCGUGAUGGAUUUGUCGCCUUCCGCCACCCCAUGAUCCGAGAAGAUCUCAGGCUACGCGCCGAGUCUGCAGACAGUAAUUAUUCCAGCAAUCGUGGGUUCCCCUUCAACCUAGAGGAGGCCCAUUACGAUAUCUUGACUCGUUCUCUGGCCUGGACGCGUCUUUCUGUGAAACAGGAGGUUGACGUCUCCAUGGAUAAGCUCCCCGUCCAACAGCGGGACGCUCUUUUCGACUCGUAUAUUCUCUUGGAAUACACUUCGCGCUACUGGUUCUCCCACCUUCUUUCAUCUCCCAUGACUACACCCGACCACGAGUUCGCCUUCACCCCCCUCUUUAAGAAGUCGCUGCCGGAAUCCGUCCUCUUCACACAGAUUGAACUUACCAGUCGUGAAGCAGAAUUCAGCCGAUCCAGCAUUCUCGAGCUUUACCGCCUCUCGGUUGCAGUGCGUCGCGCAAUUUUGGGCGAAAAAUCCAAGGCUUUCCUCCAGAGUCUCAUCCUGAGUGCUCGUGCAUCCGACUUGGCCGAGACCAACUGGGCAAAUGAUCACAUGUACGAAGCAUGGAAUUUGAGCCGUUCGCAGCUUGGCCACUCCUCUCCCAUCACCACUCAACUGGAACAGCUCUUGGUCAAUUCCCCUCGGCGUGCGAAUCGUGGAGACCAAAUUGUUGGCAUGAAAGCUGAUGCCAUUCGGGAUAUGGCCAUGUCAGAUUGGGAUUCCAAUGAUCUCAGUUUCAAACGUCGCCUGGAGUAUCUCGGAACCUUGAUCCAGAUGUACCAAAGUAACAAUCAGAACGAGGAGGCAUAUUCUGUUUCCAAGCAGUUUUAUCGCCAGACCCUUAAUCGUUAUGGUAGCCACUCGAAAGAGAGUGCACAGGCAGCCGACUUCCUGACACAGCACUUCCAGAUCUCGCCUUCCGACGAUCUGUCGCUAGAGAUUUCUCAUCUCAAGUAUGAGAACAUGAUGCGAUCCAUGGAUGCCACGGACGCCCGGCGCAUUGCAUAUUCUCUGUAUCUCGCCCAGCUGUACGAAGAGAACGGCAAGUCCAAGCAAGCUGAGUCUAUCUUGACAAGCCUAUGGGCAGGUGUCUCUUCACAUGACCUGGACACCCAGGCUACCUGGGAGAAGAAGACAAAGGUUGCCUUCGUGUACUACCAAUUCCUGCGUCGUCACGGCCGCUAUGAAGAGGCUAAGCUGGUACUGCGUGAACUCUCUUCGGAUCUGGAGUCUGACGGUAUACACACUGAUGAGAUGGCCGAUCGUGCCAAGGAACUCAGCAGCGAAGCACAUGAGUUGGGCCUUAUCGACAUGGAACGGACGCUCGAUACUUUGGUGUGGAAGUACUACGUCAGUUCCGGCAAGCAGUACUCCAGCGACGCUGUGACCUUGGCCCGAAAUCUCUCUGCCGUCGAGAUGUCCCGGUAUACGACGGUGGACGACCUGGCCGCGGUGUCCGAAGAUGAACGCUUGUUCCUCCGCAGCCUUAUGGACACAUUGGCUUCGUCGGGUAGUGGUAGCCAGUCUACCUCGCUCCUGACCCUUUGUCACAACCUCUGUAGCGUUUACAUUACCAAAGCGGAGUGGAAGGAAGGCAGCGAUUGCGCAUGGUCUGUGUUGAAGCACGAAUGGCCAGACGUGCAUGAGCCCACAUCUGAAUCCAGGUUCCGUUCCGAUCGCGCUCCUUUGAUCGCCAAUGUUGCCUUGGACUAUGCCUUCUGUCUCUUCCGACGCUUGGAUGUGCAGACCGCUACUGCUGUAUACGGAAAUGCAUUCAAGGCCUCUAUCACGGCCGAGAAGGUGGCUAUCCCUCACAUCACCGCUGUUGUCAAGACCGUGGUUGAGUUUUAUGAGACCACUUUCCAAUUUUCCAAAGCCCUUGUACUCCUGCACCAAGUCAGUGAAUUUUUUAUCUCCCGCCUCGGAGAUUCCGACAAGCACACCAUCGAUACACUGUACUACGAAGGUGACCUAGCUGCCCGCCUCGAUCGUCAGAAUGAGGCUGAAGCGGCGUACCGUCAUAUUUACAAGGCGAGCAUCCAUGGUGCUACAAUUAGCUCGACUGGAGUACCCGCGGCCGUGGCUCUUGUGGGCAUAUAUGAAAAACAGAACAAUGCCACUUCUGCCUUAGAUGUGUACCGCCACCUUUGGCCCACAAUGAUCCGGUCUGACAAAGUCAAUGAUUCUGACCGUUCCCCUGUGGGAAGCUCCUUGGACAAGACUUAUACCGGGUACAUGUCCACGCUCGGAAGUGGUGCUGAAGCUGGCGGAUAUACUGAGCGCUACACCAUCGCAUCUCAGUACCUGGCCAUGUGCCAAAAAGUUCACGGCAGAUCUAGCAAUAUCACUCGUGAUGCCACCAUCAAUCUAGCGGACAUUUGUGCGGACAGUGAAAGUCACAUUGACCAAGCGAUUUCUCUCUAUCAUAGUGUUCUCACUACGGACGCAUGGGUGCCUCAGUCUCAAGCCUCACUACCGCUACCUGAUAUGACCGAUACUUUGGGCAUCAGCAUUAAGCAUAAGUUGGCCGAAAUGUACCUUCGGAAGAAGAGCACUUCCAGCGAAGCGUACUCCUUGUACAUGGAGGAGCUCACCAUGGCCAAGCAGCAGCACGGAUUGUCUUCCUCCUAUGCGCUGGUGUGGCUGCGCCAGAUUGCUCUGCUCUACGCUGCGAAGGGCACAGUUGAAUCACGCAGACAAGGCUCGAAAGUCCUGCAUGACUAUGUCGACGAAACUAUCCACAUCACAGCCGGCCAGGAUACGUUGGUGGAACGUGCCCACCGACUUGGAGAGACCUAUCUGUCAUCUGGCUACACAGAUGCCGGUAAUGAGUUGAUUGAUGAGCUCCACCAGCAGGUGAUCCAUGAGACCCCUGCUGCCCAGCGAUCCUCGCUUAGCGAGCAUCGUCCCGCAGUCUUUGUUGCCGCAUUCGAGGAGGUAUUCCGCAAGAAGUUGUCUUACGGCCAGAUCCUGGAUCAACUAUCUCAGGAGAGUCGCGUAGUCAGCGACUUCCAGAAGAGUCUGUCGGGCCAUGAUCUAAUGCCUACCCUUGUGGCUGGCGACCGACUCAGUCGCCUGCAGAGCGAUCAGAAGCGCACUUCGGCCGCUAAGACGACACAGGACAGUUUAUAUGAGUACUUCUGCAACACACUUUCCAUCUCCCCCAGCCUGCGCUCCAAGAACGUGGUUCGCCAAUUCUAUUACCUAUGCUGCCGCGAAGCCUCGAACCCUGAUUACAGUAUCAACAUUACCACGGCAACCACGGGCAUGGUUCGCGAUCUCUGUAACAAGUCACUCUUCCAGGAGGCGGCAGACCUGACGGGUGUGUUCCAUUCGUUUGCGCACUUGACUGACGGUCUGCGUUCCCACGAGGCAAUCUUCACUGCCAUCAAGCUCUGUUUGUACUUGAAUGGAUACCAGACGAACAAGUGCUCAGACCCCGGUAUUGCCAAAAACAUGGGCUUUGAGUCCCAGAUGCUCCUGGAAGAGAUCCUGAAUAAUGCCCGUGAGCUCAAGAUAGAGUUCUCUGAUCUACCGUUCGGAGAGCUGAAUGAUCUCGUGACUGUGCUCGGGGAGCACGAGAUGUUUGACGAUCUCGAGGCCAUCCUCACUGAUCUCUGGACCUCGCGCAUUGUCCAGAAGACAUGGUCGCUCAACGUGGUCGUGUGGAUCGGACGGCGCCUGGUUGAAACACGCUUCUGCCGUGGCCGCGUCCACGGCGCGACCCGGCUUGGCAAGGACAUCUGCUACAACUUGCGCCAGGUCUGGGGCAACUGCGAUCCGGUGACCCUGGAGAUGAACAAGCUGCUCUCCGGCCUGUACACCGCGUCGGGUAACUACCUCGCGGCCGUGGCCUUGCACGAAACGGCCCUGUACGAGCUGCUCAAUGACCCCGAUGUUGACAAAACCCACGCAGCCGACACCGUCAGCCAACAUCUACAGCUGCUCAAGCACGCACAAACCCGGUUGAGCCGGGAGGGUAGCCACGAUGUAGACGAGAGCGCAUAUGACGAGCUGGUGCAGCUGAUCGCCACCAAGUUCGGCAUCAGACAGGAAAGUCUACAGCACGGCGACUAUGAUGACGAUGUCGGUAUGUGGCAGCGUCCGCGCCGGUUCAGCCUGGAUGUGGAGGAGCAGCAGAUGCACUCGAACCAUCUGCGCAACAGCAGCGGAUCGGCAUUACUGAAUGGCAACGCGGGGGCCAAGAGGAUCUCGAUCACCGCGCUGUAA